CGUGAACACAGUCUCUCCCACCGACUGCUCACCCGCCUCGCCCACGCAACCCCACCGCCAUCCUCCCCCUGCAGGCUAGCCACAUUGACACCAUCACCUUCCACCUUGUACUCGUUAUCGACCGCCCCGACCCCGCCUCAUUGCACGCCGCCGACCUCUCCGCGUUUUUUGCUCCCUACCAUGCGCAGGUUGCGCUCAAGCUCACCGCUGGCUUGCUACACGAAGAAGUCCGGGCAUCGUUCGUCUCGCGUCAGUCGAUUGCACUAGCCGAGGCACAGGAGGAGGCGCUGGGUCGGGGCUGGUGCUAUGAGCAGUUCUGUGGUGCCGCUGCUGGGGAGGGUGGAAGCUGGCCGGAGUGGUGAGAAAGGUGUGGGAGAUGAUCGGAAAGGACGGGAGCUGCAGGGUGGGCAUCAACCACAUCGUGGUUGAUGUACAGUCCACCUCAACGAGCCUGGCCGCACCGAAUGGGAGGGCUUCGCGACCCGCACCCGCACAGCACUCGCGGGCGGGAUAACAUGCUUUGAUCGACAUGCCGCUCAACUCGCUGCCGCCGACCACUACGCGUGCGAACUUGAUGGUCAAACGCCGCGCGGCGGAGGGACAGGUGUGGACUGACGUCGGUUUCUGGGGUGGGGUCAUACCCGGGAACGAGGGUGGGUUGGAGAUGGUCAGCGGGGAUGGGGUGAAGGGGUUCAAGUGCUUCUUAGUUGACAGCGAGGUGCCCGAAUUCCCGCAUGUCACCGAGCCUGACCUGCGCCGUGCCCUCCGACACCUCCGAUCCCUCCCCACCCGUCUACUACUCCAUGCCGAGCUCGCUGUCGCCGACGUGCAGACAGAGCCCUCUCCGCCUCCCCACUCGCACGGGGAGGACACCUACUCCUACUCGACUUUCCUCGCCUCGCGACCGGACGCGUCCGAGCUCGCCGCGAUCGACAACGGUCCUCGAAUCAGGGCCAAAAUGGCUCUCUUCUGCGCCGUACCAGAAAUCUUCCAUACAGUCUGGGCUCAGCUUGAAGAGCGUGAGGUUGCAGUGCCCGCGAAGGAUGCGGAUCCACAGUGUAUCUCGCCGAUAUCCACCAGGUCGCUUCUGGUCUAUCCAAGCGAGACAACGUUGUUGAUCUUUCAUCGAGACAUCUGCUCGCGAGCUUCCGCCUGAAAGAAUUCCGCCCGUCCCACAUCGCAUCGUCAUUGUUGCCAUCUUCCAGACAUACAGCGCCGCUGUUUAACAUUGCGAGCUUGACAAGUUCCGAAGAAACCACGUAAUACGGACUGGGGGGGCCGGUGUUCCCGUUUCCGGGCUCGAGGAGCGAAUGAUGGGGGAUGUAGCUUGUGUAACUCGUACCAUCAUCAUAACAAAGCGCUGAGUAGGAUACGGUAGACAGGACUCGACUUGCAUUAACAAUGGGACAGUUCAC